AUGCCUCCCAGCCCGCACGCGGUCCAAUCGGGAGCGGCGGUGUCAGAGAAGCACAGCUCACGCCAGCGGGAACGCCGGCGUCAGUGCGGAGUGGAAGCUGAGGACGGGGUGUUUUCGGAGACCCGGUCUGCCCCACUGCGUGGCGGCACCCCAUUCAAGCGCAGGACUUCAGCCUUCGUUCCGCCCCUGAGGAAGAGGAUGAUGAAGACGGCCGGGCUGCUGUGGACCCUCUGGGCCAGCCUCCUGCUCGCACCCUCAGGUGCUUCAGAGACGGAGAGGCUGCUGCUGGUGAAGCUGUUGCAUGGGUAUGACCUGAAGGUGCGUCCCGCCCGCAACUGGGAAGAGAGAGUGACGGUGCGCGUGGGGAUGACCCUCUCCCAACUGAUGGGCCUGAACGAGAAGAAUGAGGAGAUGACAACCAACGUUUUCAUGAAUCUGGCAUGGACAGACUAUAGGCUUUCCUGGACUCCAGAGGACUUUGAUAAUAUUACAGUUGUGAGACUUCCUCCAAAAAAGGUGUGGCGUCCUGACAUCUACCUCAUCAACAACAACGACGGCCAGUUUGACGUGGCUCUGUACGUGAACGUGCUGGUGUACAGCGACGGCACGGUCAAGUGGCUCCCCCCCGCUAUCUACCGCAGCUCCUGCUCCAUCGAGGUGGCAUACUUCCCCUUCGACUGGCAGAACUGCUCCAUGGUGUUCCGCUCCUACACCUACGACUCCUCGGAAGUGGACCUACAGUACGCGCUGGACGACGAUGGCAACGAACUCCAGGAGAUCAUCAUCGACGAGAACGCCUUCACCGAGAAUGGCGAGUGGCAGAUCUGUCACAAGCCUUCCAGGAAGAACGUCCGUGAGGACCUGUACGAGGACAUCACAUUCUACCUGAUAAUCGAGAGGAAGCCGCUCUUCUACAUCAUUAAUAUCAUAGUGCCCUGCAUCCUCACCAGCGUCCUGGCUAUCUUCGUCUUCUACCUGCCCCCCGGCGCUGGCGAGAAGAUGACCCUGUCCAUCUCCGUCCUCAUCGCCCUCACCGUCUUCAUGCUGCUUCUGGCGGACAGGGUCCCAGAGACCUCCCUGGGGAUCCCCAUCAUCGUCAACUACGUCAUGUUCACCAUGAUCCUGGUCACCUUCUCCGUCAUCCUGAGUGUGGUGGUGCUCAACCUGCACCACCGCACCCCCAGCACCCACCACAUGCCCCUGUGGGUGCGCAAGGUGUUCAUCCACGCGCUCCCGAAGUACCUGGGCAUGCAGAGGCCCAACCCCGAGAAACCGCUGGUGGAGGAGCCCACCGAGGACACGCCCAUGUCCCGCAUGGACAACCGCCGCCCAGGAACAGAGUACUUCAUCCGAAAAAUCAACCCUCAGCUGAUCCUGCCCUGGAGAGGCAGGAGUGACAGCACAGUCCAGCUGCAAAGCUUCUUUGACACAGAGAGCUACUGCCUGAUCCUCCCGCCAGACCUGAAGUCUGCUAUCGCUGCUGUCACUUACAUGGCUGAGCAGCUGAGGAAACAGGACACUGACGACACUAUGACAGAAGACUGGCAGUACAUUGCCAUCGUUGUGGACAGACUUUUCCUGUGGCUCUUUGUGGUCAUCACCACCCUGGGGACCCUGGCGCUGUUUCUGGAUGCCAGCUUCAACUACACCCCUGACCAGCCCUUUGCCUGA